AGAAGCCUUGCGGUGUGCGGCCGUGUUACAUCAGUACCUAGUCGCUCGGGAAUUGUGGCCGAGUUGAAGCAACAUGUCUAAGAAAAAUGGAUUGGAGGCAGUGAUGGUGCCCGGCAAGUCCGAAGCGACGGAGUCUACGCCUCUCGUGCCCAAAAUUGAUCCAGAAGAUGGUGCUGGUGGGUCAGGCAAAGGUGGAAAUGGAGGUUUGUCGGUGAACCAGACUGCCUUCCUGGUGGCUGGAGAAAUGGUGGGCAGUGGAGUUCUGGCGCUUCCACGGGCUCUGGUUAAAACCGGAUGGGUUGGCGUUCCUGUCCUGGUGCUCACGUGCCUCGUAGCGGCCUUCAGCGGCAAGCGCCUCGGCGACUGCUGGACCAUCAUCGAGGGCAGGGACCCCGAGAUGAGGACCAGGAAACGAAACCCAUACGCCAUCAUCGCUGAGCAGUCUCUGGGAAAGACAUGGAGCGUCGCCGUGUCGCUGGCUAUGAUGGUGGCACAGUUCGGCGUGGCCGUGGUAUACCUGCUGCUCGCGGCGCAGUUACUCGAACAAGUGUUCCUGUCGCUGGCGCCGACCGUCACCAUCUGCAUCUGGUACCUCGUGGUGGUGGGCGCGAUGACGCCGCUCAUGCUGUUCGGCACGCCCAAGGACUUCUCGUUCUUGGGGGUGAUAGCUUUCUUCUCAACUGUGGUGGCCUGUAUUCUCUACUUCAUCCAAAUGAUGAACGACGUGAGGCCCUUCGUGUUCCGCUGGGGCAUCCACGGCUUCAGCGACUUCUUCCUCGCAAUGGGUAUCAUCAUGUUCGCGUUCGGCGGCGCCUGCACCUUCCCAACGAUCCAGAACGACAUGGCUGAUAAGACCAAGUUUAACAAGAGUCUGCAGUACGGCUUCACUGCCAUGCUGGCCCUUUACCUCCCCAUCGCGACAGCUGGCUACGCGGUAUACGGAGAGUCAGUGGGUUCGAACUUCGUCACGUCACUUGCUCCUACUGCACUGACUCUGGUCGGCAACGUGCUGAUGUCGAUCCACCUGAUCUGUGCCUUCAUCAUCCUCGUCAACCCAGUCUGCCAGGAGUUGGAGGAGCUUUACAGCAUUCCUAGAGAUUCCGUGGGCUACCGCGCGCUGGCUCGCCUGUCCAUCAUGGCGGGUAUCCUCUUCAUCGGCGAGAGCAUCCCCCGCUUCUACACGAUCCUGGCGCUGGUGGGCGGCACCACCGUCGCCUUCCUCACCUUCGUGCUGCCUUCCUACUGCUACCUCAACAUCAUCAGCCAACCGCCCAGGGAAGGGCAAACACAACCCGAGGUGGCGAGCUGGGUAAAGUUCGUGUGCUGGGAGAUCAUCGUGGGUGGCGCGGUGGUGGGGGUGGCGGCCACGUACAGUGCCACCAGUGCUAUCUUCAGCACCUCCAUGGUCACACCUUGCUAUCUAAAGUAACCUGACCCGCAACCUGACCCCACUGGAGGAUCGCCCCAUACUAGAACAGAACUUCCUCUACUGGACUAAAAUAAUACAGUUUGAUCACUUUUAUAAGUUAAGCUUGGUUUAUACGAAGCCAGUGCGAUGGCGCCAGUUUAACAGGCAAGCCACCGCUGACCAUGCAUCGCCUUAGUGCUCGUUUGUCCAAACCACCAAUAUACCUCUCUUUGUUCAAACUCUAGAUAUAUUUUUUUCUUUACAUUCAAACAACAUGUUAAAAUAUGCAGAUAGAUAAUGUAAAAAAAAAGAAAAAUAAAACUGAAUUAGUAAACAACAUUAUAUAAACUAUAAAUUUAAAAAAAAAAUGUAGAUGUAUAAUGAAACAUACAAUAUUCGAAAUAAAACUCUAUAAUAUGUAAAACUUGCUAAUGUAAAAUUCUGCCUUCGGUAGAUCGAACAAAUAGGUACCAAGGCGAUGGAUUGGAUUGAAAACUAAGCGGCCCUAUUCCCGUCAGGCCUGCCAGAGCUGGCUCGGCUUGAAGAACUGUUAUUUAUUGGCUGCGAGUGCUGGCUACGUAUAAACUAUGCUUAAUGCCGACAAAAUUCGUCAAAGUCAAUAGGAGUAAUUGAACGUCAGCUAAAAAUUGUAAACACAUACCUAUGUUAUUUGUUGCCUUAACAUCAACUUCCUCCCUUUUGAAGUUGGUUAAAAAGAGGGUUCCAUCAUGAACUCAUCUUUAUGCUCUCCAAACUUGAAGUGAGACUGGUUUGUUUUUUUUUGACAUAUUUUGUAGAACCGACUGCUCUGAUCUUAACCCUACUUGGGAAUGUAUUCGUUGGCGGAACAAACGCCACCUAUCGGUUCAAAGGGGUACUAACCACAUAAUACUAACUUUAUGAAUUGGUUCUGAGCGUUUUGACUGGCUUAAUCGUACUUUAAUUGUACUACAAGAAAACAGUUUUAUACCUGGAUACUAAAGUUUUGAACAAAAACACUUUUUACGAUAUCUCUCGUUUACUUUUAAGUUUUAGAUAAUAUUGUAACAAAUAACUUUAUAUAGAUAAGGAUCAUCCACUUUUUAGAAUAGACAUUUGUUCGUUUUUAUAAAUGAUUUAAUUUUUUGAGGCGGAAUCUACUAAAGAUUGCUGACACCGCAGUGACCGCGCGAAUCAAAUAGUUAUUGCUGGAGUUAAGAUAUGUUGUUGAUUAAAGGGAGAAUUCAAGAUUAUCACUGUCACCUGAUAAUUAUUUAUAAGUCAACCUGAGCCCGCCAACUGGCAUCAAGGUAGCUUUAUGGGUCUAUGCUGUAGUGUCAUCCCUUCUGACGAAAUGACAGGCCUGUACCCAGGCUGGAUGACAGUAACAGAGAAUCGCUAAAAUAUUGUACUUAUCUAAUGAUAUAUGAUUUUUGUAUUACGAAAAAGGUAUUUUCUGGGCACUGGGCAAUCACUGCUUGCAUUUUCUUAUACUUAUUCUAUAGCGUGAAAGUAACAACAAAUAAUAUGGUAUCGAAGGAAACACACACUACAGUCGGAAACAGUAUUUCCACUAGAUGGCGCUGUUCACAUCUGCUCACUCUCUUCAUAUCUUUAUCUCUCAUACUAGGCACUCUAAGCUAGACGAUCUUCGCAAGACACCUAAUUGGUGGAGAAGUCUCUUUUGCAAUGGUAAGCUUAAAGCUAACUUAAGACCGAUUUCGGAAAUUUAUUUAAGUUAUUUUUCGGUGUAGUGACAGUCGCUACUGGCAAAGCCGGUCCGGCUAUUUGUCGUUCCAGUCUAUACCGUAUAUAACACACCAUCGUCUACUGUCAUAAGCAUUUCGAAACUCGUCCCUUCUCUCUCGAGCUGACACUCAGUGUCAUGCGAAAUUGUGACGUCAUCAAUAACUUAUGAUUUGCACAUCGCUGUUAAGGUGCGUCAUUGUUGAUUUUCUCUAGUUUUAGUUUGAUAACAAUUUUAUAUUUUAUAUUACAAAAAUAUGAUUAUAUUAAAUAAGUAAAAAUAUUA